AUGCGCAAUGCCUGGGCCCUCAUCCUCGCGACGGAGCGUUAUGAUAACUUCCAUAUGGAAGCUACCCAUGACAACGUGAAGGUCACCGCCAACUGGUUCUUUCACCUUUGCUCGGAGUCAGAGGAGCUCACGGUGGAAGACAUGGUGUCUCGCAAUCCAAAUCCGGAGGACGAGCACCUCACCGUGGAAGCGGUCGACCCCGGCUCGGAGAUGGAACAGAUCGUUCGCAAUAUGAUCGAGUCUGUGAACCUGGUCAUGACGGAUCAAGAGGCAGAAGAGGUCGCCCAGGAGAAGGGCAGUUUCUACGAUUGCCACAUCUCUGGUCCGAUGGCUGUUGAUUAUGGCACAGACGAUGUUGAGGAGCAUCCCCGUGGGAGCGGUGGACCCAUCUGGCUUACGCCAGAGCAGCUGCCUGAUGUCAAGGGUCGCAUGGGUUACUUUCGUCUCACUGAGAUGGAGUGUGUUUCGUUGGGCAAGAAGCUGUCGUGGCACUUGCGUGGGCACGCCAAGGACAAGGGAUUUCGCACUGUGGAGUUCGACGAAGAACAGGCUGCAGAGAUCGGCGAUGUUUUGAAGGUUAUCAGCAAGCAAUGGUCCCGCCUGACGGUGAUGACCAUCAUUGACCUCUUGACGUCCGAUCACUGCGACAAAGGCCACAACGCCUGCCUGCUCGUCCUCGACAGCGAUCCGCUGAAGAUCACUGUCAAGCAGUGGGCCUUCGACGACAAUUGGACCCCUUCCAAAACUGAGCUCCCGCUCACGGGGCCCUACCCGUACCGGGCAACGGCAUUCGAUGUUAUGCCGAAGCUGGCCUAUCACGCCACCUAUUGGCGUAACUUCACAAAGAUUGUGAACUCUGGCCUCAUCCCGGGAGGGAAGAUGACGUCGAAGGGGAACAGCGGAAGGCCCUUCAACAUGUUUGCGCUGGAGCCGCAAUGGGACAACCAAGGUGCCCGCCCAGGUGCCCAGCUCGAGUUCGUCAUCGACUUGCAGCUCGCUGCGUGCGACGGCUGCCGAUUCUUUGAGACCAAGGAGAUGAUUUGGGCUAGCCGGGCAUACGAACCAGCGCAGAAGCGCUUGGCGCAGGCGUGCAAAGACAAGAGCCCCAACACGCCAAUAUACGGCGAGCGGGGUCACCAGGAGCUGAUUGACGCUGCUAAGGCAUGCAAGGACGUCUAUGACCUGGAGUUCUUUCCGAUGAGCAUGUGUGGUCUAGACGUUCGCAUCCCGGAAGGGCAUGCCUUGCAAGGCUCUGAGUCAAUGUACCAGAUGGUUGUUCAUGUGGCGCCCAGGCACCCCCAUCACAAGUGCAACGACGAGUCGGAUUGGCGUCGCCAGGAGAAUGUGAGCAUUCCUUCAUUUGCCUGCCCGGCUUGCGGUACAUCCAAUGUCGACGGCACCAUCUGCUGCUACAGAUGCGAGGCCCGUCUGGAACCGCACUCCGACAUCAGCAUGGCCCUGGAGAAUGUGCGUCAAUGCCAACAGGGCCACAGGGCACAAAAGGAACGCAGCGCAGGAUGCGGCCCAGCUGCGGUUCGACAGCAAGCCGCGAAGUACCUCGGCAAGGCUUUGAAAGCGGGCUCUCGCACAGUCAUGGAGAGACAAUCCCGUGAUCCUUUCAUGGCCUACAACAAUGCGCGGUUCGGCAUUUCUAUUACUGGGCUGGAGCAGUUGAUGAUUUUCGCCCGCAUCAGGAUUGCCAACCCACCGAGGUCUCGCCAGAUGAUCGCCGAUCGCACUGGCUUUGAUGGCGCAGCCAAGGUAAGCUUCUCAUUCCCACCGGAAGGUGAGGACCUGACCCUUACGAAUCACUGUUAUGUGGCGUUUGUGGACAGGUUCUACAAGUUGGAUGAAGCUGCUCUCCUGGCAUUUGCAGUUCACCGCAACGGCUUUGUCAUGGAGAUCCUUGGAUUUAGCGGCCGCAUUCUGAAGCCGGCAGGACCAGUGGUCCAGAUCUUGGCGAGAAUCGUGGGAUUCUUCAGGACGAGAUCCGGUAUGCUGUUGAACGUGGCGAGCAGGCAGCUCCCUGGCACCAAGAGUGUCACUGAGAGGGUCGGCUACGCCGACCGGGGCUCGCCCACGAGUGGCGGCUACGCGCAUGAAGCCGACGGAGCCAAGCUACCCGCCACCCGGAAGGGAUGUCCGCCACCCGGAAGGGAUGUGCCCGAAUCGUCAAGCGAUGCACCCAUGCGUCCUCCCGAGCCAAAGUGGCCUCCACCAACGACUCUGGUCGUGGAUUCAACGGGGAACCCUAUUGACCCAUCGCAGCCUCGCCAGUUCUAUUUUACUCGGCAUGAUUCGCUGCUUUGGGCACGCCUCAAAGCGUCUCGGGAUAAGAACGUACCAAGAGGCAUGGAAGAUCGUGCAGUACCAGCCUUCAAUGACUUGAACGACUUCCACCUCUUGGCUCCGGAGCACGUCGGGUACUACAUCUCUGGAUGGAAGGAAACCCAAAACGGGAUCUGUCAUUUGGACUGCACCCGCGCUUAUCUGCAGACUCAGAAUGUCGCAUCCUUCGAGGAUGGAGCGACACGAUUGAUCGACUGCCCCUGUGGCAAGGCAUGCCACGGGAUCUUUCGCUGCAUUGUUUGGGGCAUUGCCAAGUGUUCCAGGGAGGAGGAAUUGAAGUGGUCCAAAAAUUUGGUGCUCGAAGAGAUUGCCAACUCUGCAGGAGAGGGGAAUACGGCCAUGGAUGUUCUGACUCCAACCUGCAUGGUGCCUGUCAUGGCGCCACCAGAGACUGACAAGGCUACAGAGAAAGAGCUUCAAAGGAUACGCCGGUUGCCGGAGAAUCGGGUGUGCCCAAACUGUUUGAAAGAGGAAAGCCUGGGAUUUAGUGCAGUUUGCACAACGUUCAAGACGUUCAUCUGCCAUGACUGCAAAUCUGCUCAUCAGAGUUUCUCACAUCGCUGCAAGAGCAUCCAGAUGAGUGUGUGGACAUUGGAGGAGGUUAAGGCUCUCGACGACUGCAACGGUGGCGGAAAUGCCGCGGCCGUGCGCAAGUAUCUCGGGAAAGUGACACCAAAAGACCGCGCGAAGCAGGGCAGUACCCUCGAGCUGUACAAACGAUUCAUUCAGCGAGCUUACGUUGACCAGCGAUGGGCGGACGAUGAGCCGGAAGCUUCUGUCCCGGAGGCACCUCAAGUACUGCCGGCACCUUCGUCGCCAGAAACAACGGAGGAGUCCAAGUCCCGACCUAGGAAGGGCCGUCAUCGCAAAAGGAGAGAAAAGGCUGCCAACCUGCAGUCGGACUCGGCGCAGGUGGCUCCAGAUGGUCUGUGGCAGCAUGAUGUGCCCGGUCAGUCUCCGAGCCCGCUAGGUCUUGAGCAGGAAAGCCGUUAUGGAGCUUACGGCAGGAGAGAGGAACAUGCUGCGCACGCAGUGCAAUUUUUUCAAGGGCCAGGCCUUCACGAACACUAUGGCAGCAAUCCCGAAGAGACACAUCGAAAGUUGCUUGGAGCACUGCCACGUGUGGCUCCGCAGUCGCCUCCGCUCUCGACUGCCGGGUCGUCGACAGUGUGGUCAACACCCACUUCGAAGGGAGUGGCGCUUCCGCUAGUUCUGGCCUCAUCCGUGUGUAACCGUGUACUGCACAGCUGUGGGAAAACACUUCCUGGGACGAAGUAUGAAGUCUCUCACUCCUGUAAGUUGUUCCACAUUUGUGCAUCUAAAGAAUCUACAGGCUCAAGCAUUUUGCUUGAGCAUUCACAUUCUCAAUUCCCACGGAGGAUGAACCACGAAGGACAGGCUCUCCAGAUGGCAGAGGCCAUGCGAAACGGAGACGAUUGGCCCUUGGCAAGUCUCGGAAUCCCGGUCUCCAGACAGUCCAGACGAACUGAUACUCAGCACCCAGAUGAUCGAUCAGCAUGUCCCAUGUUGAUCAUCGGGAGGCAGUGGCAGUGGGGAGUGAAAGGAAUGAAGCGAGACGAGGAGUAG